AUGGGUUUCCCCCGAGGAGGAGGUGGCGGUGGACGAGGCGGCGGUGGGGGAGGUUUUAGGGGCGGUCGAGGUGGAGGCGGCGACCGAGGUGGCGGUCGCGGUGGAUUCGGCGGACGAGGUGGAGGUGGUGGACGAGGUGGCUUCGGUGGUCGCGGCGGAGGCCGAGGUGGUGGUGGCGGCGACCGGGGCGGUGGUCGUGGCGGAUUUGGGGGUCGCGGCGGAGGUUUCGGAGGCCGCGGCGGCCCGGGAGGCCGUGGUGGGUUCGGCGGACGCGGUGGACGUGGAGGUGCGGCGGGAGGACGGGGAGGCUUCAAAGGUGGAAAGAAGGUCAUCGUCGAGCCCCAUCGUCACGCAGGAGUUUUCAUCGCUCGCGGUAAAGAGGACGUCUUGGUGACCAAAAACAUCGUUCCGGGAGAAUCGGUGUACAACGAGAAACGCAUCAGUGUCGAAGACGGUGAACAGAAGAUUGAAUACCGUGUCUGGAAUCCGUUCCGAUCGAAGUUGGCCGCCGCGAUUCUCGGAGGCGUCGACAAGAUCCACAUGCCGCCCGGCUCCAAAGUUCUCUACCUCGGAGCAGCGUCGGGAACAACAGUUUCCCACGUUGCGGACGUCGUCGGUCCCGAAGGACUCGUGUACGCCGUCGAGUUCUCCCACAGAUCAGGACGAGAUCUCAUCGGUGUUGCACAGAAACGAACCAACGUAAUCCCCAUCAUCGAGGACGCUCGUCACCCCCAUAAAUACCGGAUGCUUGUCGGAAUGGUCGACUGCAUUUUCGCCGACGUCGCCCAGCCCGACCAGGCCCGUAUCGUGGCGAUCAACGCCCACAACUUCCUCAAGAACGGGGGACACUUUGUUAUUUCUAUUAAGGCUAACUGCAUCGAUUCUACAGCUGAGCCAGAAGCUGUAUUCGCAGGGGAAGUGGAGAAGCUUAAGAGCGAAAAAUUCAAACCUCAGGAACAGAUCACUCUCGAACCCUACGAGAGAGACCACGCAGUGGUAGUCGGAACCUACCGACCACCUUCGAAGAACUAACUUGUAAAAACGAGUUUUCCAUUGAAGGCAAUCCUGUACAAAUAAAUACAUUUAUUUCCAACUU